AUGCAGCGAGGGUGCUUGAGUGCAUCCCAGCCGUCGGGCCAUCCCUCCGAGGACACCACCCUCAUCCGUCAGAUCUUCGGCGGGACUUGCAGCUCUCAGAUCCAGUGUGUCCACUGCCUCGGUGUCUCAGACACGUUCGACCCUUAUCUGGACAUCAGCCUGGAUACCACCGCGGCUCAGAGUGUGGAGCAAGCUCUGAGAGAGCUGGUGAAGCCCGAGAAGCUGGACGUUGAAAAUGCCUAUGACUGUGGCGUUUGUCUCCGGAAAGUGCCUGCCACCAAGAGGUUGACUUUGCACAGGACGUCCCAGGUCCUGGUGCUGGUGCUGAAGCGGUUCACACAGGUGAGCGGGGCCAAAAGGGCUCAGGAAGUGCGCUAUCCCCAGUGCCUCGACCUGCAGCCCUUCACGUCUGAGCGGAAAGCAGGGCCACUGGGCUACGUGCUCUAUGCCGUGCUGGUGCACUCUGGGUGGAGUGGUGAGCGAGGACAUUACUUUUCUUUCGUGCGAGCGGGCAACGGCCAGUGUUAUAAGAUGGGCGAUGCCAAGGUGACGGCCUGUGAUGAGAGUGCUGCCCUGAGCCAGGGCGCCUACAUCCUCUUCUACUCCCGGGAGGGUGCGUGGCAAGGGGGUGCUGGGGGAGGGUCUGCGGCCCCCCUCACGCCUGACCCCACACACCCCGGGGAACCUGACCCUGCCGGCCCCGGGGAGCCUGUGGGCGAAGCCAGCGGCAGAGCUCCUGGGACACAGGUGUCCCCGGGGGCCACAGAGGUCGAAGGAAUCAGCUUAGAGCAGUGGAGACGCCUAAAAGAGCACAACCGGCCGAAGACGGCCUCCGACCUCUGGAAGAUCCAGUCGGCCCUGCCUGCCGGCCCAGUCGUGAUUCACCAGUCCAAACACGGAGCAGGGAGAAACGGCAAGCUGCCCGAAGCGGAGCAUGACCGGCUCGACCGUUCCAGCAUGCACAGCCCGCCUCCGGGCCCAAUGAGCGUUGGCAACGGCCCUUGUGCCAGCGGGAGGGCCCGAGCGACCAAGAGGAAAAACAAGAAGCCGCGGCCAUCUCUGGGGCUGUGGCGGCUCUCGAAAAUGCCCCAAGCAUUGAGCAGGGUCCGCGCAGAAGAUGGGCGACCAGGCUCUACGGGUGGAAUGUCCUUGGGAGCCAUUGGGAAAGUGCUACUUGGGAAAGGGACCUCCGGAAGGAAUGACGCGGGGGAUCUGUUCGUCACCGGCGGGACACGCGUGCGCAGAGUUGCCUGGGGCUCCUUUUCUGGUGCAAGGAGGCUGGCGCCUGGCCACCAAGUCGCCCUGAGCUGGAGGGGGCCGUGGGGGGUCGGGGCUGGGCUUCAGAAUCUGGGGAACACCUGCUACGUGAAUGCAGUGCUGCACUGUCUGAGCCACACGCCACCCCUGGCCCGCUGGAAUGUGUCCCAGCAGCACGCCACCCUCUAUCCGGCCCGAACCUCCUGCACGCUCUGUGCUGGGCGAGCUCACGUGACCCGAACCCUCCUUCACCCGGGAGAGGUGAUCCGGCCCCGCAAGGACCUGCCGGCGGGCUUCCACAGACACUAG